AUGCUCGUCCAUGAAUUCCAUAUCCCGCUGCACAUGACAGUCGACGAGUUCCAAGUCGCGCAGCUCUACAUGGUGGUCGACGCCAGCGAGAAGAACACCAAGGGCGGCGAAGGCGUCGAGAUCCUCAAGAACGAGCCGUACGACAACACGAACGGCCAGCUCGGCGACGUCUCGGCGAUCUCCAACUGCAAGAUCCCGCGCAACCGCGGCCAGUACACGCUUAAGCACUACUACGUCAAGAGCGAGAUCCCGGGCUACAUCAGCGCGCUGUGUCCCGAAGACAGCAUGACGCUCAUUGAAGAAGCGUGGAACGCAUACCCGCACUGUCUGACCGUCAUCACCAACGGCUACUUGGCGAAGAAGAAGUUUUCCAUCUCGAUCGAGUCGUUGCACGUGCCUGGCACGACCGUCGCAGCCAACGCACUCAACUUGACCAAGGACGAGCUCAAGAACCGUGAAGUCGAGCUGAUCCGCAUUGAGUCGGACAUGCCCAACCAAAACUCGGACGACGACUACGACCCGUCGACAUAUGUCUGCCCCAAGACUGGACGUGGCCCGCUCGAGCGCGGCUGGGAAACCAAGGUCGACCCCGUCAUGACGUGUAUCAAGGUUGUCCGCGUCAACUUUGACUACUGGGGCUUCCAAGGCAAGGCCGAAAAGUUUAUUCGCGACCGCCAGCGCCGUCUCUUCCACGCCUCGCUGCGCCAGGCCCAGUGUCUCUCGGGCAAGUGGUUUGGCCUGACCAUGGAAGACAUUCGUGCCCUUGAAGCCAACAUCCAGCAAAAGCUCAUUGCGCAGCGCACGGCGCAGUAG